GUGGCAGCUGUGCGGUGCAUUCGCCUCCACAGAAUACGCGGAUCACACGGGCUGUCAACUUUUCGUGGAAAAUGACGAAGAUCACAGUAGUCAAAACCAAGGCUUAUCCCGACCAGAAGCCUGGCACGAGUGGACUGAGGAAAAGGGUGACAGUCUUUCAAACGAAUGAGCACUAUGCGGAGAACUUCAUUCAAAGCAUUAUCUCUUGCAUCGAACCAGCGGAGCGUCAGCCUGGACUGCUCGUAGUGGGAGGCGAUGGAAGGUUUUUCAUGAAAGAUGCCAUUCAGUUGAUCAUCCAGAUCGCCGCUGCUAAUGGGAUCGGCCACCUGGUCAUUGGUCAGAAUGGCAUCAUGUCUACCCCCGCUGUGUCCUGUGUGAUCCGCAAGCUCAAAGCCGUGGGAGGAAUCAUCCUCACGGCCAGCCACAACCCCGGUGGCCCUAACGGAGACUUUGGCAUCAAGUACAACAUCGCCUCUGGAGGUCCUGCCCCAGAGGGAAUCACAGACAAAAUAUUCCAGAUCAGCAAGAGCCUAACAGAGUACCACAUCUGCCCCGACCUCAAGGUGGACAUCUCCAAGAUCGGCAAGCAGACCUUUAAGGUGGACACAUUCAAGCCCAUGACAGUGGAGAUUGUGGACUCUGUGGAGUCCUACGCAGAGAUGCUGAGGGGAAUCUUCGACUUCAAUGCCCUGAAAGAGCUUGUGUCUGGAGCCAAUCACAUUAAAGUCCGUCUGGACGCAAUGCACGGAGUGGUUGGACCCUACGUGAAGAAGAUCGUCUGUGAGGAGUUGGGUGCUGCCGCCGACGGUGCCUUCAACUGUGUCCCCAAGGAGGACUUUGGUGGUCACCACCCUGACCCCAAUCUGACCUACGCCUCUGACCUGGUCAACGCCAUGAAGGGAGGAGAGUACGACCUCGGAGCCGCCUUUGAUGGUGACGGUGAUCGUAACAUGGUCCUUGGAAAGCAUGGCUUCUUCGUCAACCCCUCUGACUCUGUGGCCGUCAUCGCAGCCAACAUCACUUGCAUCCCCUACUUCCAGAAGACUGGGGUCAAAGGUCUGGCCCGCAGCAUGCCCACCAGCGGCGCUCUGGACAAUGUGGCUAAAGCCUUGAAGAUGAAUCUGUAUGAGACUCCUACUGGUUGGAAGUUCUUUGGAAACCUGAUGGAUGCUGGCAAGCUGUCUCUGUGCGGAGAGGAGAGCUUUGGCACUGGCUCUGAUCACAUCCGUGAGAAGGACGGCUUGUGGGCGGUGCUGGCCUGGAUGUCCAUCCUAGCCCACAGGAAGCAGAGUGUGGAGGAGAUCAUGAAAGACCACUGGAACAAAUUUGGCAGGAACUUCUUCACCAGGUAUGAUUAUGAAGAGGUGGACUCAGACAAAGCCAACACCAUGGUCAAGGAGCUUGAGGCUAAGAUGUUUGACAAGUCCUUUGUGGGCCAGAAGUUCUCGUCGGGAGAUAAGAGCUAUGAAGUGGCUGUCUCUGACAACUUUGCCUACACCGACCCUGUGGACGGCAGCGUCUCCAAGAACCAGGGUCUGAGGAUCAUCUUCUCCGACGGCUCCAGGAUCAUCUUUCGUCUUAGUGGGACAGGCAGUGCCGGGGCGACCGUCAGGCUCUACAUAGACAGCUAUGAGAAGGACCCUGCCAAAAUCUACGGCGACGCACAGGUCAUGCUGAAACCUCUGGUGGAGAUUGCACUGAAGAUCUCUGGGCUCCAUGAGAAGACUGGCCGCACCGGGCCCACUGUGAUAACAUAGACUGCUGGCCCUGCCCCCUACUGUGAUAACAUAGACUGCUGGCCCUGCCCCCUACUGUGAUAACAUAGACUGCUGGCCCUGCCCCCUACUGUGAUAACAUAGACUGCUGGCCCUGCCCCCUACUGUGAUAACAUAGACUGCUAGCCCUGCCCCCCACUGUGAUCACAGACUGCUAGCCCUGCCCCCCCACUGUGAUCAGACUGCUAGCCUUGCCCCCUACUGUGAUCACAUAGACUGCUAGCCCUGCCCCCUACUGUGAUAACAAAGACUGCUAGCCCUGCCCCCCACUGUGAUCACAUAGACUGCUAGCCCUGCCACACCCUUCCAGGUACCUCCGGUUGUCCUAUCAACCGUUCCACUUGUGCCUCUGAAGAACAACCUCACCUGUACCGUAAAGCCAUUCAAACAAAGCCUUGAAAGGUAACACUGCCAUUCCCAAUGAAUAAAACGCCCUUACA